AUUAACACUAUUCAAUUCCUCAUAGAAACACGAAUUUUUCCCUUACCUAGAACAGUUCUUUUAGAACUGCAUAAUUACCUAAAAAAUGGAUAUGAGCAAACGUUGUAUGAACAUUGAAGAAGAGAUACCUGUUACUUGUGAUGAAGUGAAAUUAGAAGAAAAAUCAGAAAUCCUGGACAUUUUUGAGGAAUGCAUUGACGAAAAAGGAGUUCAUGAUAGAGAGAAAUAUAUAAUAAAGAAUGAAGAAAGUAACUCAAAUUGUUCAGUUGUAGGAGCCUAUGCUAAGCAAUCACAUACCUCUGUCACUAAGAAAAUGCCUCUAGUAUUAGAUCUACCCAGUAAUGAAACUGAAUCGAUUCACUUGAAUCGGAGCAAAUUUCCUGAAUUUCAACAUGCAGGAAAAUAUCUUGAUAAACACAAACAAUAUGACCAUACUUCCAGUCCUCAAGAUGAUGAGAAAUGGCAUGCUAAAUAUGGAACUCUAGACAUUUUUGAACAGUUUAUAGAUAAGGAAGGGGUUCAUGAUAGAGAAGAAUUCAUAAGGAAGAAUGAAGAAAGCUACACAAAUUCCUUAGAUAUAAAAGUCGAUGGAAUACCUCGAGUAUUAGAUACAGCGACUAACGAAUCUCUUUCUUUGAAACACAAGUGUCAUACUUGUGAUUUUGUGACCAAUUACGAAAAAGACCUUACGUUGCACAUCAAAUCUGUUCAUUUCAGUUUCAAGUGUGACUUAUGUGAGUUCGUUACGAGUAGAAAAGUGUACCUUAAGAAGCACAUCGACUGUGUUCAUUUAAAUAUUAAGAAACACCAAUGUCACCAUUGUGAAUAUGCUACAUAUUUCAAAACAACCCUCGAUAAUCACCUAAAAUCUGUUCAUUGGAAAAUUAAGAAUCACAAGUGUCAUCUAUGUGACUAUUCGACAAGUAGAAAAACUACUCUUCGGAAACAUGUCGACUCCGUUCAUUUGCAUAUCAAAAGAUACAAAUGUAACUCGUGUGAAUAUACUGCGAGUUUGAAGGCAACCCUUGACAUCCACAUAAAAUCUGUUCAUUUGAAAAUUAGAGAACAUAAAUGCCACUUAUGUGAAUAUGCUGCGAAUGAGAAACGCCUCAUCCACCAACAUGUAAAAUCUGUUCAUUUGAAAAUUAAGGAUCAAAAGUGCGAUUUAUGUGAGUAUUCCACAACUAAAAAAGCCAACCUGAAAAAUCACGUUGACUCUGUUCAUUUAAAUAUAAAAAGAAAACACCGAUGUCACUUAUGUGCAUAUUCUACCAACAGCAAAGGUAUGAUAGAACAACAUGUUAAAUCUGUCCAUUUGAAAAUUAAGGAACACAGGUGUCAACUAUGUGAAUUUGCUGCGAAAACGAAACAAACACUUGAAGGACACGUGAAAUCAGUUCAUUUGCACAUCAGGGAAUACCGAUGUCAAUUUUGCGAAUACGCUGUGAAUAGGAAAACAUCCCUCGACGUCCACGUAAAAUCUGUUCAUUUAAAAAUUAGGGAGCACCAGUGCAGCUUAUGCGAAUUUGCUACGAGCGCUAAAACAAACCUCGAAAUACACGUAAAAACCGUUCAUUUAAAAAUUAAGGAGCAUAAGUGUCAGUUAUGUGAGCACGUUACAAGCAGAAAAAUUAACCUUUUGAAGCAUCUUCAUCGUGUUCAUUUGAAGAUCAAGAAACACAAAUGUCGCUUAUGCGAAUAUCCUACGAGUACAAAACGUGAACUGGAAAAACACAUGAAAUCUAUUCAUUCGAAAAUUUAAGAUCACAGUUAGUAACUAUGUGAUAAAAAAGAAAAGAUUUGCUGUCUUCAACGUUGACUUUGUUCAUUUGAAUGUUGAGAAACACAAAUGUUACUUAUGUUAGUAUGCUGCAUAAGGUGAUGUUCAUCAUUAGUAUUAUCUGAUGACAUGUUAAUUCUGUUUAUAAUUGAAAAAAUAGGGAACACAAAUGUCAUUUCUGUGAGUAUGUUGCAAGGGAGAAACAAAAACUUGUUUGUUAUUCAAGUCAACUGAAAGUUGUCGAACAGAGAACGAGAUUUCAUCAGUCCCUAUAUCAAUAAAAUUACUCCUACUCCAAUUCUGUCUUAGUAUUUGAAAAUAGAUUCUCAGUAAAAGGUACUGAAGGAAACAAUGUUACUGAAAACAACCAAUAAAAAUAAAAUGUUUAUCAUCA